AAAAAAAAACGUAUUUUUUCUCCUAAUUGCAGGUUUCGAAACCUAGCUUAUCAGAAAAAUCGAUACAGUAUGGCGGACGAGGAUAUUUUAGUGGACGGACGUCCGUUGUCUUCACUCAAAGUGACAGAACUGAAAGAAGAGCUCGAAAACCGCCAACUAUCCACGAAAGGGGUGAAAGCUGUGCUGCAGGAAAGGCUUAGAGAGGCUCUCGCAGCACAAGGAGACGAUCCGGUGGUUGAUGAGCAGAAUCCGAUAGUUGCUGGAUAUUUGGCAAGGCAAUCGGCGGCACUGGCGGAAGCUCGGAAGAGAACAGAAAGUGAAGCAUCGGGAACGACCACUCCACAGAGUGAGGUAUCGCCGUCGAAGCAAUCAGAGGCCUCGCCAAGGAAGGGAAGAACUCCACGGAAAGAAAAGAAGGAUGUGGAACCAGAAGCGGAGCCUGAGCCUGAAGCAGAUAUCGCCCCAGAGCCAGAGAAAGUAGCUAUUGUGGAGAAACCAGAACCGAAACCAGAACCUAUCACGGAAACAGAAGCAUCUCCAUCAAAAGCUUCCGAGAAAGAUGCCGCAGUUGAGGUAUCUGUUGAAAAAGUGGAUGCUGAGACAGCUCAGGAAUCCGAUUCUCCACAAGAAGCAGAAAAAGAAAAGACCGAGCCGCAAGUGGAGCUGGAGAAUGGUGGUCAGGAGGAGGACGAGCCAGAUCGCGAUGAAUCGAUAGAGAAGCAACCAGAGAAGGAGGAUGAUGGGGACGAGCUCGAUUAUGGAGAUGAUGAAGAAAAGGAGCAGAAGGACGACGAAUCAAUGGAUGCAGAAGAUGCAAAGGAAGAGAAGGUUGUUCAGAUCGAAAAGGAAAAGAAAGAAGACAAGGAUGAUGGUGUCAAGAAGGAGGAAAAGGUGCGCGAGGUGUCUCGCCGUCGCGUAUCUUCUCCUUCGUCUAGGCACCCAGUCUCAAAUGUUGUUCACAUUCGUGGUUUGACACGUCCAUUUACCGAAGGACAACUUCGCGCAGAAAUUCAAAAGAACUGCGGUGAAAUCGUUGAUUUGUGGAUGGAUAAGGUUAAAAGCCAUUGCUUCGUUAAGCUAAAUUCCGAUGCGGACGCUGGGAAUGUUAUCAGUGCAAUGAACAACGUCGUUUGGCCAGAUGGUAACCCAAAGAGAUUGUCUAUUGUCUACGAUACAGAAGAUAAUUUGAUCAAGCAUAGGAAUGGAUUAGAGGCUACUAUUGCCGAGCCGGCUAAAAUCGGCGGCGGCCGAGCUGAUCGGCUCUCGACCACGUCUCAAAGUUCGAUUCUUGGAGGAAAAACCAACUUCCAGAUUACUAUGCAAAAUGUACUUCGCGACAACGAUAAGCUUGAUUCGGAGCGCAAAAGGGAGCGUGGAAGUAUUCAAUCGAGACUCACACGCAUUGAAAACAAGGAUCAAGUGAAGGAUGAGAAGAAAGAUGAAAAGAAAGAGGAUAGAAAGAGAAAACGAUCGGAGACUCCCCCAUUUUCUCGUGGUGCUGGGUUUAUGGACGAGAAAAAGGCUAGAAAUGAGGAGAGGGAGCGAAGACGAGAAGGCCCGCGAAGCGAGGAACGUCGAAAAGUUGUUGUCGAAGAAGAAGAGGCUCCGAAAAAGUCACUCGAUCAGCUCUUCAAGAAAACUGUAGCUCUUCCGCCGAUUUAUUAUCUGCCAUUAACGGAAGAGCAGAUUGCUGCCAAGGAGGCUGAGAAGAGUGCAAAAGGAAAGGAGAGAGCUGAAACAACAUCAGAUCGUGAUCGUCCACAUCGAGUUGACAGAAAUGAUCGAGGGGAUCGUCCAAGACAUCGCGAUUGAGCUUUAAGCAUCAGCUGUCAACAUUCCAGUUUCCCGAUCAUCUCUAUAUUCAUAAUUACCUACUCUCGAGAAAAAUUGUCAAAUAUUCCCCACCAUCAAGUUUGUGUUCUUUUUGUAAAUCUCAUCGGGAACAUUCUUUCCAAAUCGAUCUUAUUUCAACGUCUCUUCCCCAACUACGUCCUGUUUUUAUCUUCGAAGAACGCCCCAAAUUGAGGCUUUUUUGUAUCUAAAGUUAUUUAUUCAAUUGUUUUCUAUUCCCUAUUCUUUUUUUUCUUGCAGGUUUGUCGUGUUUUCAAAAAAUGAAGUAAAUUUGACCAUGAAAU